AGAUCACAGCACGGACCCAGACUUAUGGAUUCAGCCAACAUGGAUUUCUAGAUUGUGCUGGAUGGAUGUGAUUUGAUUUCUUCUGUUGAUAUUGCUUCCGUCGAUGUGUAAUAUACAAAGAUGUUGUAACUCAAUUGGAUCAAAAGAAAUGGCCCAAAAUGUCUUGGAAAUAGGUCUGGCUUAUAAUAAAGUGUAGUAAGUAAUAUCCAGCCAGUUGUAUUAAAGUAAAAGACUACAAUUAUGGGCAAAAUUAGCGCAUGCCUAUCAGUCAUUGUGUACAUAUGGAUAUUUGGGAGCUGUCUCUUGUGUUCAGCUUCCACCAAUCCUAGUCUCUGGGGACAGAAAGUGGCCUUUCUAGGCCGUUCAUGUUACUGGCGGCUGAGCAAGACCUGCACAGUGCCACCUUUAGAGGAACUGAGUGUGUGUGUUGACCUCUGGAGACAGAUUACCACCUCAGCCUGGACUGCCUUCAUAUACAAGAAACCUGGAGAGCUUGGUAUCGAGCUAGGCUUGGCUGGAAAGGGUGGCAAUUUGAAGGCUUGGCUUUUUGGAAAUGAAUGGACAGUUGCGUAUGACUUGCCUCUUCAAAACUGGCAUACCGUUUGCUUGACAUGGUCGAACCACACCAGACGCUUCCAGUUGAUUGUCAAUGGCUCAGUUGGCCUAAGUUCUAAGCUUAACGACUUAGCACCCAGUACUCUGGCUCCAAAUGGUACACUCACCCUGGGGGUGUCCCACAGCUUUGUUGGUGGCAUUAUGAACUUCGAAACAGGGACCAACUUCAUGGGGGAAAUAACAAUGUUCCGUAUGUGGCAACAAGAGCUAAACCCCCAGCAGCUCGCAGAAUGGAAGUGUGUGAGUGGAAAUGUUGUGACCUGGAGCAAGAAUGACUGGGAGUACCAAGGCUGCUCACCUAUAACAGACAAUAGGCUAAAGUGUGAAUGGUCAAAGUAUCGAAUAAACAUGAAGCUAUCGAUCACUCAAAAGGCCAGUGGUGACUUAAAUGGGAAUGAGUCCAAGGCGAUUGUGCUGAAAUGGCUGGAGACCAUUUUGCCUCAGAAUACGCUUGUGAAUUCAUUGUUCCUGUCAAGUCUAAGCCAGAAGUACCAAACAAACUGUGCUCUGUGUGAUCAUGAAAAUGCUGAAAUGAAGGAGGCCAGAAAUGCGUCAUCCAAAGAAGAAUGGUUCAGCUGCGUGGUGUAUGUGACAGUGAGCCCUCAUGCCACAAUAGAUGAGACUCAGGAUGAACUGUGGACAUUGUUAAUACACACCUACAACCACAGUGACCACACUGUCCUACAGACAGAUCCAGCUUCUCUCAACAUCCUUCCAGUUGCAAUCAUUCCUGAAAACGAUCCAAACUAUACAGAUUUUUCAGACACUUUUUACAGAGUUUAUAUGAACCUUACUAUGAAUGGCUCUGUGGAGAGCGCAGCACAGACUCUUCAACACUGGCUUCAGCAAACAUUAGGCGGAGGCCACCGGAUGACAGUUCUAAAUUUUAAGCUUACAACAAAUCCUAAUCAAAAUGGCAGAAGCAAAUCAGCACUAGACUCCAGAUAUGGCUGCACCUUCCACGUCCAGGCCUUUGCUCCAGUGAAUGUUAAUGAAACGAGGACGCUCAUUUUUGACCUCUUAACAAAAGGAUUUUCCAACAGUUCCAUCGCAAUUAAUGUCUCAGCCAAUCAAAUCAGCAUCUUACACAUAGAGCCUGGGUUUUGUCCAGAGGAUACCACUCAAACGGUUUAUGGCCUGUACACAUGGCCCUCCAUACCAGCCCAGGACACAUAUGAAAUGAAGUGUGAGAAGGGUCAUGACAGUGCCACAAGACUCUGUAAGCUGGAUGGUAGCACUGAUGGAGUGAUUUGGGAUCCCCCAGAUAUAUCAAGAUGUGAGAAGGUCAUGAUUGAUAUUGAUGAUUUGGAAGGGAUCACAGUUAUGCCAAACAAUUCAGCAGAUGUUUUGGGCAUGAUUGAGAACCUGCUGCGUAACGAGACAGAUUUGAAUUUGUCCCAGCUGAACACUGUGUUGAAGAAACUGUCUGAGGUCACUGAAGUUGGCAUCAUGACCUCUCAGCUGGCUGACAGCAUCAUUAGUGUGGUUUCAAAUGUCUUAGAUUCCACAUCCUUUCUUGCCCAAACCACAAACAAAAUCCUUUCUAUCACAGAAAGGGUGGGAAACAGGAUAGAUUUCUCUGGAUUUUGUCACAACACCACUGUUCCUUCGCUUGCACUGCAGCUAAUCAACGUGGAGACUGAGGAGUUCCAGGGACUUACGUUUGGAGUGUCCUCCUUCCAGACAGGCCUAUCUCCUGAGAUAUUUCUCAACCAGGCUUUUGCAGAGUCGUCUCCCAGGGGUUCAGUGGCAUCUAUAUCCUUACCCCACACUCUGGACAGCUUCUUCCCCCAAAACAAUCAAAACAUGAGUCGCAUUCAGUUUCAUUUUUAUGGCACAGAAAGUCUCUUUGAGGACCCUAGUAGCAGCCUGGCACUGAAUUCCUAUGUUCUGUCUGCCAGUGUAACCAAUGCUACUGUAAAUGACUUAAAGGAUCCAGUCGUUGUCACUCUCCUUCAUCUUCAGCCCAAAGAGGACUACAGCACGGUCCAGUGUGUGUACUGGGACUUGGAGAAGAACAAUGGAAAAGGUGGAUGGGAUGAUAACGGAUGCCAGGUUAAACAUACCAAUUUCACUCAUACAUCCUGCAUCUGCUUUCAUCUCACGCAUUUUGGAGUGCUCCUGGAUGUCUCCAAAACGCCAAUAAACCCCAAAGAUGACAUGAUUCUGACGAUCAUUACAUACCUGGGCUGUGGCAUAUCAUCUGUGUUUCUAGGCAUCACUUUGCUGACUUACAUCGCCUUUGGAAAGCUGCGUGGUGAUUACCCAUCUAAAAUCCUCAUGAACCUCUCUGGGGCUUUGUUGGGUUUGAAUAUGUGCUUCCUGUUAAACUCAUGGCUUGCUGAAUUCAACAACGAUGGCCUCUGCAUUGCUGUGGCUGCCAUUCUCCACUACUUCUUACUGGCCUCAUUCACCUGGAUGGGACUAGAGGCGAUAAAUAUGUACCUGGCCUUUGUCAAAGUCUUUAAUGUCUACGUGCCCUCUUACAUCCUUAAAUUCUGCCUACUUGGAUGGGGUUUACCUCUGAUGAUUGUUAGCAUAGUUCUUGCUGCAGAUAAAGACUGCUAUGGCAGUGCUGCGUCCGUAAUGACAGUCAACAGUACUUCACCUUUUUGCUGGGUUCAGAAUGACACAGCAUUUUUUGUGACAGUGGUGGCGUUUGUGGUUCUGAUCUUGCUCUCUAACAUCUGUGUGUUCGGCUUGGUGUUGGCCCAAAUCCGUGGUUUGCAUCUCAGUAAAGCGGCGGGCAUGAACAGAGGGAUGCUACAUGACCUGCGUGUGGUGGCCAGCCUCACUUUCCUGCUGGGCCUCACCUGGAUACUGGCCUUUUUUGCCUGGGGUCCUGCCCAAGUGCCCCUCCUCUACCUCUUCUCUGCCCUCAACAGUCUGCAGGGGUUUUUUAUCUUCCUGUUCCACUGUCUCAUGAAAGACAACGUCCGUAAGCAAUGGAGGAUUCACCUCUGCUGUGGAAAAUUCAAACUCACUGACUACUCAGCCUGGAGUGGCUCAGUAACAGUGGGGGGAAGAGCUAAGAGUGGAAAACUGGUUCACACGCCGUCAGAAACCACAAGCGAACGGAAGAUCUCAGACUCCUCUGGGAAUGGAGGAGACAAAGCAAAGGAAAGAGACAAUGGUGCUGGGUGACUGGCCUAGAGAACAGUUUUUAAGACUUUGGGGCACUGCAUGAAUAAGAAUUACCUCGCAGCAAUAGUCCAGUUAAAAAUCAAAUGUACACAAAAAAGCAACGCACAAACAGAAUUCAAGUCUCCAGAUGGCCACUACCACUGUUUUCAGCUAUGUGACAUACUCCUGUACAUCUGAUACAUCUUCAUAGAUAACAUUAUCUGACACAGUGUUAGAAACCACACAAACAAGUCUAUUUGAGAUGAAUUGACAAUGUGGCUUGAAGGAAGUGAGUGAUGAUUUAAGCAUGCAGUUUAUGUGAUGCUAAUUGGUUACCAUAAGCCUUUGUUACUUACUAGUUACACAGACACAAAAUAUGGCUAAUUGUCUACAUCCAGGGAAGAGGAAAUUAUGUACAUUUGAUUUUUGAAUGAACUGUUGCUUAAACUGGUCUCAAUAUCUCUGCUCACCUAAAACAACUGGAAUGAGCUCAAAAAGGAAACUAUGAUUAUUCCAGAAAGGGAUGAUUCAUUAUGUACUUUUGUCUUUUCCUCUUUAAAUUAUUUUGUUAGUCUAAACUGGUACUUACAGGCAGUACUCUGCAUCAUGCAGCAUUUGGGCAGGCUGUCAUUUACAUUUAGCAUUUUGUUAAGUGCCUUCCAGGUAAUGAAGAAUAAGUACAGUAAAGACUGUCAGUGUGUCAGUGCUGUUAACGUCUUUCCAGUGGUCACGGUAAAACAUAACACAGAUGUAUGUAUGCCAUAAAGAAUUUUUCAGUACAUAAACAGUAAAUACAGUAUUUAUGGUGGGCUGGCAUCAGCUGCCAUUUAAACAAUCACAAUCUUUUAGAAAUUUGAUCUAAACCAAAAUGGCAUUUGAAAAUAUCUUGUGUCUCACAUUAAGCAGCAAUGCCAGAAAAAAAUCACUACACUGCGCACACACUAGUUCAUACGGUGAAUGUGACUGCUCAGCUGCAUAACUAAUUGUGAUUAUUAUUACUAUGAUACAUUAAAGAUCUAAACAAUCUAAUAUGAGCUUAGAAUUACAUGGUAUUAUUUGACAUUUUUGUUGAAUUGGAGUUUUAUGCAUAUAUUCACCAUUUAGUGCUGCUUAUUGUUGCUGGAGUGAUUUUAUUUUUUUAAAUCAAGCACUGUAGAGUCUGUUUCUUCUUGAAAAUGGUGUACUAACCUUAUAAGGUACUUUCUGCAUCCCAGUCAGCCCAGAUGAUGAGUGUGGCAUAACCAAUCAAAAUUUGUGUUUUACCCAUGUGUCCAAGCUUGGGAAUAAGUUUUUUACAGGGCUUAGAAGCUUGGCUAUGAAGUCUCCUUAAAUGAGCCUUUGGAUUCCAAAAAAGUUGGGACGCUGUGCAAAGUGUAAAUAAAAACAAAAUGCAAUGAUGUGCAAAUCAUUUAAACCCUAUAUUUCAUUGAAAAUAGUACAAGGACAACAAAUCAAAUGUUGAGACAGAGAAAUCUAAUUUAUUUUUGAAAAAUAUAUUUCCAUUUUGAAUAUGAUCCCAACAGUAUGGCUAAUAUUAAUGUUCACUGAAGUUAGUCAACUUGGUAGCCAGCUAGCUAAAUUAUCAUCUGUACAAAACAGAGAACUAACUAAACAAAGUUUAAGGAUCAGUCAUUGAUCAUAUAUUUUGGGGUGAUUAGUUGCUUGAAAGUAAAAAUACUAAAGUUAUCAAACUUGUGUAUUUAUCAGUUGCCACUCCUGUUAGGGUAAUGUACCAGACAGUGAUGUAUAAAAGCUGGGAAAGGGCUGUUAUGUGAAGGUAGACCAAUAUAGAUGAAAAAACCUCAGUACUUUUGAAUAUUGUGGCAUUUUCCUACUUUCCUACCUAUUCCUACAUUUUCCUAACCCUAACCCUAUUUAAAUAAUAUACUGCUCCCAGGCUUAGAAAAUGGAUGGAUGGAUGGAUGGACUGCUCCUAAAUCUUGUUAGGAAAUAAAUCUUUUUCUGAAAUCUAUUUGUGCUACAAUUAUUGGCACACUUAGAAAUUCUUGAAUCUACAAUCUAUAAUCUUUAAUCUUCUAACUGGAGUACAUUUGCAUUCAUAGUUUAUUUUACACUUGAAUGGUCAGCCAUGACUCCCUGAUCCAUUGGGGAAUAUACAUGACAUGAAACACACGCCAGAUUCCCUCAUCAAUCGUUAUGAAAAAGACAAGAGAAAACAGCAAUGUUGUGUGACAAAAGGUUGCUGAGCUGCACACAUCAGGAAAUGGAAACAAGAAAAUAGCUAAACAGUUAAAAAUGCUCAUUUGCAUUAUUAGGGCAUUAAUUAAAAGCUUAAAGCAUCUGGAGAUGUUAAGAAUCUGCUGGGAAGAGGAUGGAUGUCCAUACUGACCCCACGCACAGUGAGGAGGAUGGUAUGAGUGGACAAGGAAUCUCCAAGGAUCACAGAUGGGGAAUUGCAGACAUUAGUUAGGUCUUGAGGUUACAAAGUCUGCCAAACUGCAGUCAAACAAUAUAACCACAAGUUGUAUGGGGGGGUUGCCAGAAGGAGGCCCCUGCCGUCAAAGACCAACAAAUAAGCUCC